GCUUUCUCUCGCUCGGGACGGUCUUCACGACAUUUGCAAAUCCUCCUUUGCAGCAAAACACUCUGUGGGAUAGGGGAGAGAGAGCUUCGACGGGGCUAGGGUUUGGUGGUUUGUUCUGUGUUGCGCUAUGACGACGGCAAUGGAAGUCACGGCCGUGACUCCGACGGGGAUAGCUCCAGUCUUAUCGGCGAAAACUUUCUUACUGGAUCCUGUCGUGGCGGAACUCGAUGAGGAGGAUCUCUACACUAGGCAAAAGCUGUUAAUGCGGCAGCUGGAGUUCCUGGACAUUCAAGAGGAGUACAUUAAGGAUGAGCAGAAAAAUUUGAAACGUGAGUUGCUUAGGGCACAGGAGGAGGUUAAGCGGAUUCAAUCCGUGCCGCUUGUCAUUGGACAGUUUAUCGAGAUGGUGGACCAGAAUAAUGGAAUUGUCGGGUCUACUACCGGGUCGAACUAUUAUGUGCGGAUUUUGAGUACGAUCAAUCGAGAGCUUCUGAAGCCAUCGUCCUCGGUUGCGCUUCAUAGGCAUUCGAAUGCGUUAGUGGAUGUGCUGCCGCCUGAAGCAGAUUCUAGCAUCUCUCUGUUGACACAAUCCGAGAAGCCUGAUGUGUCCUAUAAUGAUAUAGGUGGGUGUGAUAUUCAGAAACAAGAGAUUAGGGAAGCUGUGGAGCUUCCACUUACUCAUCACGAGUUAUACAAGCAGAUUGGUAUUGACCCACCCCGAGGUGUGUUGCUUUAUGGACCUCCUGGAACGGGGAAGACCAUGCUUGCUAAGGCUGUUGCUCAUCACACGACUGCAGCUUUCAUUCGUGUUGUCGGUUCUGAGUUCGUGCAGAAAUAUCUUGGAGAGGGUCCCCGCAUGGUACGUGACGUAUUCCGACUGGCAAAGGAGAAUGCCCCAGCCAUUAUCUUCAUUGAUGAGAUUGAUGCAAUUGCGACAGCUCGUUUUGAUGCUCAAACCGGAGCAGAUAGGGAGGUUCAGCGUAUCUUGAUGGAGCUCUUGAACCAGAUGGAUGGUUUCGAUCAAACAGUUAAUGUAAAGGUAAUUAUGGCCACCAAUCGAGCGGAUACUCUUGACCCCGCUUUACUGCGACCUGGACGACUCGAUCGGAAAAUUGAGUUUCCACUGCCUGACAGGAGACAGAAACGUCUUGUUUUCCAGGUGUGCACUGCAAAGAUGAACUUAAGCGAGGAAGUUGAUCUCGAAGACUAUGUCUCGAGGCCCGACAAGAUCAGUGCUGCAGAGAUUUCCGCUAUUUGUCAGGAGGCUGGUAUGCAUGCAGUACGGAAGAAUCGUUACGUGAUUUUGCCCAAGGAUUUUGAAAAGGGCUAUAGAUCUAAUGUUAAAAAGUCUGAUACAGACUUUGAGUUCUACAGGUAGAUGCCUAUUAGCUUUCUGAUUUCUGCAAUGCAGCUGAACAUAAAGAAAGAAUUGCUUUAGGUUUAUUAAUUCCUUCAAUGGUGUGAACCGGGAUAUAGAGGGGCUAAUGCUUCUUGUAAUUUGACCUACAAAGGGCUUUAAUAGGUAAAGUUUGUGAGUCCUUUAAUAGGUAAAGUUUGUGAGUCCUUUAAUAGGUAAAGUUUGUGUAGUCGAUUUCGUUUGUGCAUCAUUUAUAUGUAACCUGGUAAACAGUUAGAUGGCUCUAUGCUCGGCAUAGUCUAAGACGAAAUUGAACUGUUGUGAAAUUGCUGUGCUUCAGCUCUCAUGGGUAGCAAGUAGUUUGUACAUUUAUAAUU